CCUAACUUGCAGAGCGCACCGAGGAAACCCUCCAAAGAGUUUUGAGCAGCUCAGCUUCAGGUCUGCUUCAGGUCUGCUUCAGGUCUGCUUCAGGACUGCAGCGAGUUCAACAGGAGAAAGUUUCAGAGAGGAACAACUGAAGUGAAGUCUGAGCUUCGGAAAGCGACGGGAAUAAAGAGAAAGAGGCGGAAUGGUCCUCCAGCCGAGCGGCACAUGUGAGCCCAGAGGCCACCGGUAACGUUUUAUUAUUACUUUAUUAAAGGAGACGGAGGAAGAGAGAAGAGAGAGAGAGAGAGGAGAGGAGGAGAAACAUCUGAGAGCUGAGAAAGAGUCCUGUCACCUCGACACGAUGGUCUGUCUGCCGGGAUUCAGCUGGCUCUUCCUGAGCGCUCUGCUGCACACUGUGGCACCCUGGGGUGCUCACCGACCGGAGAGACCGAGGCAGUGCGAAGCACCCAAGUCGCAAAGUGACAUGAACUCUUUCCUGUGGCGAGUAAAACGAGCGCCUCCUCACCCUCCUCACCCUCCUUCGUACUUAUUUGGCACCAUCCACGUGCCCUACACUCGAGUCUGGGACUUCAUCCCCGACCGGUCCAAGCAGGCUUUCCACAGCAGCCGCAACGUGUACUUCGAGCUGGACCUGACCGACCCUCUGACCAUCGCCAAGCUGACCAGCUGCCAGCUGCUGCCCCACGGGGAGAACCUGCAGACCCUGCUACCUCGAGACCUGUACCGCCGCCUCAAACGCCACCUGGACUACGUCAAGCACAUGAUGCCUUACUGGAUGACCGCCGACCAGCGCGGCCGCGGCCUGUACGCCGACUACCUGUUCAACGCCAUCGCAGGGAACUGGGAGAGGAAGAGGCCGGUGUGGGUGAUGCUGAUGGUCAACUCCUUGACGGAGUGGGACGUUCGGUCCAGGGGGACGCCGGUGCUGGAUCUGUACUUGGCUCAGGAGGCUGAGAGGAUGAGGAAGACAACGGGGGCGGUGGAGCGGGUGGAGGAGCAGUGUCACCCCCUCAACGGGCUCAACUUCUCUCAGGUGCUGUUUGCUUUGAAUCAGACGCUGCUGCAGCACGAGGGCGUCCGAGCAGGCAGCCUGCAGGGCUCCUUCACCACCGAGGACCUCAUCACCCAUUACAACUGUGGAGACCUCAGCUCCAUCAUCUUCAACCACGACACCUCACAGCUGCCUCACUUCAUCAACAGCUCGCUGCCAGCUCAUGACCGCAUGACCGCCUUGCAGAUCGACAGCUACUUCCGCCAGGAGCUCAUCUACAAGCGCAACGAGCGAAUGGCUCGCCGUGUGUCCGCCUUGCUGCAGAGGAAUCCCAACCAGACGUACUUUUUUGCUUUUGGUGCAGGUCACUUCCUGGGGAACCACAGUGUGCUGGACAUCCUGAGGCAGGAGGGCUACGAGAUCAUCCACGUGCCCCCUGAUCACCAAGAGACAGUCACAGAAAGCAAACCAGCUAAAGAGCCUGCAGCGUGGCCCAGCGAGGACAGCACCGACACCAGCACCACAUCUCCCGACAGCUGGCUGACCAGCCCAUCAGAGACGGAGCUGGAGCUGGACUACCCAGAGUUCAUGCCCGGCCUCGGAGACGACGAGCUGCCUCACAUUCUGCUCCCCGACAGCCUGAGCCAGCUGGAGGAAUUCGGAAGACACAAGCGGCCCCGUAAAACUCACCGCGGCCACGGGAGGCCCCGCCUAUUCAGUGACUUGUGGGUUCGCAUUGGGGACAGCACUACUCCAUCUCCUAACAUGAGGAUAAUAAAUGGCUACGUGACAGUGGAUCCUCCGAUGACCCAUCAAAAGCAGCACAGACGGACGGAGAUCUCCGCCACGGAGCGACAUCCCAGUCCGGCUUCCUCCACUACGCCCAACCCCAGCUCAGCCCGGCCGGCCUCGGUCCACAGCACACUGUCUUGUAUUUUAGCCUGGCUGUUAUCACACAUGCUGUUCACCUCCUGACCACAAGACAGCGUUAUCUCACAAACAAACACUACAGACACUGCUGCCUCAAUACCAGAGCAGUUGGAUGUGAUAAAAUGAUCAACACAUGGCUACUCCUGCUGUCGGCCUCCACCUACAGGGAGGGAUCCGCUCCUCCAGCCCACCGAAGUCUUUACAAACUUGUCACGUCUUUAAAUGUGCAGAAUAAGCUCUCAGCUACGUCGCAAGCAGCGGAUGGACUGUGUUGGAGUCUUCAAACCUCAUGAAAGUAUUACGGUAGAAUAACAAACACAUAGCACAAUGAAGACCUGUAAUUCUGAAGCGUUUGUGUGCUUAACCUUUCUACCUAAUAAAACUGUAAUACUGUAUAGAAAAAUAAGACAUUAAUAAUGAGAGUAGGACAUACUAAUAACAGUUAUAACUCUGUGAUGAACGAGUUGAAUGCAUACAGUCAGACAGUACUGUGUAGGAGGUGGAGCACUCAGUUGCCACUUUUUUUGUAAAUUGUGCAUUUUGUUCAUAAAGAAAUAUUGUAUAUUUAUUAUUUCUGGAAGAAAAGAGUAUAUUUUCUUGCUUUUUGAAGAUAAAUGAAAAAAAUAA